AUGGGAUCUCCAAGGAAAAACACCAGUACCAGUAUCAACACAGACUUCAGUCUGCUACUGACAAACAUAGUCCUGCUAGAACAGAUUGAAAAAGGUUCCAACUUUGUGUCCUCAACAUUGUCACUCCAUGUGAUGUUGAGCCUUCUUGCUGUUCUAUCAGCAAGGAAGACUCUAGAGCAGCUUCUUUCUUUUCUCGGAUCAGAAAGUGUCGAGGAAGUCAAUCAGUUUUCAUCACAGAUUACAACCUCACUGGGAAGAUUCAAAUUUUCUUUUGAUUUUGAAGCCUCAGAAACCAUAAAAGAAAUGGGACUUCAGCGACCCUUCUACCCUGGGGAGCUCAGAGAGAUGGUGCAUUCUUCCAACAAUGAAAGCUCUAUCUUUCAAAAGUCUUCCAGAAAUCAUGUAUUGAAGUUGAUGAGGAAGGGAUCGAAGCUACUGUUACAGUCUGUUAGUGCUGCUGCUACAAAGAGAAAGACUUGUGCUCCAUAUCCAGCUCCUAGUUUUGUAGCUGACCAUCUUUUUAUGUUCAUGAUAAGGGAAGCGGCUGCUAGAACUGUGUUCUUCGCUGGAGCAGUGCUCAACCCUCUCAUAAUGUCCUGA